AUGACGUUAGUAGAGUCUAUUUCUAACUAUAUACCUUAUUUAUUACAACCGUCCAGUAUUUUGUGGCUUGGAGCCCUGAUUGGAGGCAUCUAUGGGUUCUUGACGAUUUCACUGUCCACGUUGACUCGAUAUCGCUACAAUCCCACUGUGGUGUCUCUGGAGCGAAACUACAAGGACUGGAAUACAACUCUACCAGCUGCCACGGUCUGCCCAGAGAGCAAGUUUGAUGAGGACAACCUCAACAGUGUCCUGGAGAAGCAGUGCUGCAUUAACUUUAACUUCAUAAGUUUUAAUGUUCAUCAAUUCCCUUGGGUCAUAUUGAAACACAUAUCAGAUAAAGAAGGUGCACAGGAGUUUCUAGACACACUCGCUAAGUUGAACUAUUCUACAUUCAACCUUCUGCCGAAUUUCCCUGCCAUCUUGCCGAUACAGUACCUGGAAGCUGUGGUCAACAUGAGGUACAAUUUUGAGUACACAGUCAGCAACAGCAACAUCGAAAACGAGGACCUAGAAGAGCAAGAACUCGUUCUUAAUGUCAAUGAGAUGGGAUUGUGUUACAGCUACAACUCUCAGGUCGCAAUUUACAUGAAUCCUGCGUCUUGGAAAAGCGGGAACUACACCCAUUCCAGCACAAGUUUCUCUAUAGUUGGCAACCCUCUAGAUGGUGACAUAUUCACUCAAGUGAUGAACAUGGAUACUGCGUACACAGUGUAUCUUCACAGCCCUCAGGAAGUUCCAGACAUCGCGUCCAAGGGCGGAUCAGCGUACGAGGGCUCCUACAAGACACAAGAUGUCGGAGCUCUGAGUAUCGUUAGUGCUCCAGAGAUCCGUGACUUAACCAUUGCACAGCGCAAGUGUCGCUUCCCUGAGGAGAGUAACCUUGCACUCAGCCCUGUUUACUCAUACAAUCUGUGCCGUAUGGAGUGUCGCAUGAAGUUGGCCAACAAGCUCUGCGGCUGUGUACCUUACUUCUAUAAACCCUCAGAUGAUUACAAAAUUUGUGACAUAAAAGGGAUGAUGUGCCUUACAGAGCAUAGCGAAGUUCUUAUAAAGUUAUUGAAGGGAGAGGACAAAAUAGAGUGUCAUUGCCUGCCGCCAUGUGAUGAUGUCAAUUUUGUCACAGAGACAGAGAAUAUCAUGGACUGGACCCUUGGAACCAAUCUUAAGUGGGGACUUGUAAAAUAUCCUCGUGAGAGGUUGCGUAGAGAUGUUCUGUUUGGCAUUGCUGAUGUCUUAGUGGCCAUGGGAGGAACGGCGGGUCUAUUCUUCGGCUGCAGUGUCCUCAGUCUUGUUGAAAUAUUUUACUUCUUCUCCCUACGUCUUCUGUGGUUCACUUAUAAAAAGGCUUAGAUGUAUCACUGUAUCUGCUGAAAUCUUCAAUCACUAUUUCUGUGUUACUAACCGCACCGAAUAAAAUGCAACUUUUAGAAAAUAUUCCAAUUAUCAAACAAAAUUUAUAAAUCUAUGUUUUUUUUUAUUUACUGUAUAGUAAUUUAGGCUUUUCCCAAUAGUUCCACCCAUUCUGAAACCAGUUUAUUUUACAUAUAACGGUAGCUGAUUGUACUCAUAACCUUAUAGUAGUUACUAUUUAGAUUAUCUUUCAGACAGGCUAAAUAUUGCUUAUGAAUGUUCUUUCUAAGUGUACUACAUUUAGAUUUUACAAUCAAAAUGAGUAACACAAUAUUUGCUGUUCACUUUAAUUCACUUAAGUAGGAAACAGGUAAAGUGUUGUUUGGAUUAUAAGUUAUUUCACACUUUUUCUAUUCAACUCAAUAUAAUUUCUACACAAUUUACACUACUAUUGUAUGCAUUAGCUAUUAUUACCAAUCUGUAUACUUAUUGUAAGUAUGACACCAAUGGUUAAAAACAUAUCAUUACGUAUAUUACAGUACUUAAAAAUAUCUUACCCUAUGUUUAUACAAUCUAUGCUGAAAUAAAACUAAUUUUUUGGAGGUUA